AUGGCCGCUUCUUGUACGGAUUUCAUAUUCGAGUGCCCUACCCCGACGGAGUACCUGCUAAGGUAUUUAAAUAUGCUGCUGGUGAUAAGAUAAUCUUAUCAGAACGUAGGGUUAAACCACCUUUGUCAGCGUCAUGCAAUUACAGCAAUGAAAACCGUCAAGAUUCAGCGUUGUGUAGUGUGUAUAAUCAGAGGUUACGUAGCACAAUUCGGUACAACUUGCAUUACAAGGGGUAUAUUGCACUGCCCUCAGAAAUUACGUCGGACAUGAUGCGAAAUGUGGCCCCUUCUACUAAUUAGUAGUCGGGUAUCGGUAAAUAUAUAGCCAAUAACCGAUCUUACUAGAUGUUGGCCUAAAUUCAGGAAUGGAAUUUCGAAACACAAGCGUAACUGUAGCUGCACGUUGGAUUUAACAUGAUUAGGGAGUUGAAAAAAUUUUUAGGACCGAAAGACCCUUUUCUCGAGUAUAAAUUUGAAAGAAGAGGUGUAUUGCUAUAAAAUGAGUACAAAAAAGAUAUUUCGUGUAUAUUUUCUCCAAGUCAUGUUUGAAUUUAUGCGAGCAUAGAAAUCGAUGGGUAAAUUUCAUAAUGGAGUACAGGUAGAUGAAAAGAAACACAUUCAAAAGCCAGUAUCCUGGCGUGUCUGAAAUAUCCUUGUUUUAUGCAGCACGAUAACCCAACCCUCACUACACGCAUCCUAACACCAACCCUCAUAACCUCAAGUCCAAACCCUUGGAAUUUGGCGCAAGAUCGCGCAACUGAUCUUUUAUUCCUCUCGCCAGGAUUUUUGAAUUUAUUCGGGUUGAUCAUCAGUGAGGAUUUUUAUCACUAUUUUAGCCUUGAGUUUAGCACAUAUAAGGUAACCGUGAGCGGACGACGUCUGAAAACAGCGAUCACUAGCACUUUCCCCGAGGCGAAUUUAUGAGUAUGUUUCACGAAAUCCCCCCCUCCUACGCCUGGGGGGGUAAAGGCCGACUCCCGUUGCAGGCCAUAUCGAUGUGUAUCUACUCAUUCAUUUGCUCCCGUGGAGCGGGAUACAUUGGUCGUACAACGAGACGCUUGAAAAAGAGAGUACGUGAACACAUACCAGCUUAGCUACGCAGAGCUGAAACCAACUCGAUUUCAAGUUCAAUUCUUGCACAUCUUGUCGAUACGAAUCACCGAGCCGAUGCUAAAGAAACCUUUCAGGUUGUCUACCGCACACCAGCAAGCUUCUCCGAUGCCUACGCCAACGGACACUAGCUACAGCCGAAGCGAAUCCAGUGCUAUGUUGCCCGAAGACGUUGACACAGGCGCCCUGUCUUCCGUGGCCAGAUGGUCAUUACACGUUGCCCCAACCUCCUGAUGGCAGUGAUGUGUGCUCCACGUACCGGACAGGCAAUGUCAUCCUUCCCCUCCUCCCCCCCCCUUGCUGACCUCGUCAUGAGGCUAGAGUGGGAACGAUGAGUGUUAAUAGUCCCUGAGUCACUUAUAAACCCUGUGAAUGUCUCAUAUUUUCAAUUUCAAUGCCAGUGUAUUGGCCUGAUGAUAAUUUGCCGAAAACACGUGUUUGCCAGACUGACUUUCCAAGUAUACUAGAAUUGGUAAUGACCUAACCAAAACACUGGCGACGACUGUUCUAAUACUUUUCUAGAAUUUGAGACAGCUUCGCAUCUGAGACAACUUUAUUCCCAGAGAAGCAAGAGUCUCCUCGUAAAUACGCGAGUUUGGCCUUGCUUAUUAAUGAAUCAUGGCAGUGCGUGUUGCGCAGACAGUCACAGACAUAGUAAACUGCCGUCCCAGUUGACAGUUCUCCCGUCAUCACGCUGCUUGCUGAGGUAUUCAGACGAACAGGCGCUUUACCCAGUCCACAGCAGUAGGCCUGACUGGUGUGCGACGUGAAAGCCCGUCAUGCGGUUGUGGAGCGUCAUCGGGCAAAUUCGACUGUUCGGUUGGAGGGCGCUUAGCAAAAUCCUCCUAGACGUAGCUAACUCCAGCCCCGUAGCUGAUGAGGACGACGAUACUGUGAAUGAUGGUGGUGGGAGGUUUUGGCUACUGCACAGCGUAGCCGAGGGCUGCAAGUACGGCAGUGUGGUGCUUUUGAUGAUGAUGGUGGUGGUGGUGGUGGUGGUGGUGGUGAUGGUGGUGGUGCUGAUGGUGGUGGUGGUGAUGGUGAUGGUGAUGGCGAGGAGGAGGAGGAGGAGGAGGAGGAGGAGGAGGAUGGGACAAGAAGAGAAGGCGGGACACCAUCAGAUUGGUACGUCCGGGAACUCCGCAUAAUUUCACAUGACAGAUGUUUAUACUGGGCUUCUGGCAUAACUACUAUAGUUUAUUGCCUUCGACUCAAAUAUUCAUUGAGAGUUCGGGGCUGAAUCUAAAAAUGCUCACGUCUCGAGCGCUUAGCUACAUGUCAUUCAUUGAGUAAUUUUUGAAAUUAUGAGCUUAAUAUGACACUGGAAUUCAACUACCAGAAACCACAUAGUGAACCCUGGGCGACACAAUGAGGAGCCGAAUCCGUCACAGUUGCGUCAUGCAGCAGCAUAAACAGUGGCAAAGUACGCGUCAGGGCUUUUAGCCAGAACAUAAGUCGGGACUAAAGUAAAAACACUUGUCAUAUAAAAUUAUACCUAUAGCAGUACUGCAUGUUGGUAGAAUUUGCAUCAUACGAUUAGUGCGGGACUGACCCUAAAAGCUGUCAAGUCUCGGCACAGAUCCAUUGGCCGCGAAUUUUUAGAGGUCAUUAAUUCUGAUAACUCAUGCAUCAAUCGACACAUAGAAUUGAAUGCUGUGUACAGCAACCUUAAGAAACAGUGGAAAAGGCGUUAGCCAAUCACAACAUGCUGCCAGCCCACAGAAAAGGCUGACUGGCAGGAAUGACAGGGCAAUAUCGAUUUUUGGGCAUUUUUAAAUUUUAACUGCUGUGCAUACUUUAUUCGCGUCUGAGGACGACUUGGGGAACCAAAGUCAAAAAUUGACAAAUAAGUUGUGUUAUCUUUCUCAAAGACCUUAACGCACGUACUUUAGCUAGCCUGUUUGCUGUUGGCUGGUCUUGGUCCCUCUGAUUGGUGGACUUGCAUGGCUUGCGCCCCCUUCGCGGCUGUCGUGGUUGCCGUCAGGUCAGCGUACUCGUCGCCAGGGCAACAAACCUAAUUCAGUUAACAUUUUCACUUCCUCAACUUACAACUCCAUAAUUCAGAAAUUUUCAAACCUGAGUAAAUGCUAUUUAAUAACGCCGACUACAAGCUGGUCUUGGCCUGUAGACUAAAAAUAAACGGCCUAAACAAUAUAAGAUGACCGGUUCGCCCGAUUUUAGAUAUGCGGAACUCUCCGUAUCAUGCGAUAGCUAAGUGGUAAGCAGAGAAGCUCAAGCCCAUACAACAUCAGCUGGCACCACGCAGCUAUCGAGAUACCUUUCAAUUCAUUGACGACAUUAAAGACCUCAACCUUGACGGCAUGAUGAUGUUCUCACUAGACGUCGCAUCCCUUUUUACAAACGUCCCAGUCACUGAGACAGUUGACUACAUCUGUGAUUUUCUACCUGCCAGUCAUCAAGAAAUAGGACUGCCGACAAAAACACUCAAGGAACUAUUACUAAGAUGCACAUUAAAUGUGCAGUUCCUUUUUGACAACCAACUCUAUAGACAAAUAGACGGCGUUGCCAUGGGCUCGCCUCUUGGACCUCUCUUAACCGACGUCUUCAUGGGCAAGCUGGAGAGAUUUCAACUAAGCGAUCAGAUCAAAAAGCUUAAACAUUAUGGUCGCUACGUUGAUGACAUCUUUGCGAUUGUAACCACAGAAACCGACGUCGCUGCCCUCCUAAAUGCUGCAAAUCAGGCACAUCCGUCGAUCAAAUUCACGUUGGAGAUGGAGUCGGCUGGUUCGCUUCCUUUCUUAGAUGUCCUUCUAAACAGGAGAUCUGACGGUAGCAUCCGAAGGAGUGUCUAUCGAAAGAAAACCUGGUCUGGACAAUACACGAACUUCGCUAGUUUCGUACCUCUCCAACAAAAACGGAAUCUAGUCAGGUGUUUGGCUCAAAGGGCUAGAAAAAUUUGUUCGACAGAUAGUAUCGAGGAGGAACUUAGAAAAAUCCAGGACUUGCUUCGCGAAAAUGGGUACCCUGACAGGUUCAUUGCAAAGAACCUUGCCGAACGACCUGCAAAACCCACCACACUAACCGCCGAAAAGAAAACGUUGUUCCUCAAAGUCCCCUUCCAAGGAGACGCUGCAGGUGAACUCCUAAGAAGACGCCUUGACCAAGCUGUCUCGGGAACCUUCCCAGCAGCAAGGGUUCGCAUAUCAUUCUCCACUAACCCUAUUCUACGCUGA